UUAUCUUAAAUUAAACUGAAUGAGUACUUCAAAAUGGCCGAGAAUAAACCAUAUAAAUGCGUUAAUUGUGGAGAGGCUUCUGCGGCCUUGUACAAAACUUACGGGCCGUCUGUUUUGAAGCUGACCAAAUGCGUUAAAUGCAAUGGAAUCGUAGACAAAUAUGUUGAAUAUGAUCCGGUGAUUGUUAUGAUUGAUCUAGUGCUGGUAUCGAAGGAAGCUCAGAGACAUGUACUGUACAACACAGAGUUUAAGGCAUAUUGGAAGCUAUUAAUAAUCCUAAUAAUGAUAGAAACGUACGGACUGUGGCGGAGCGACAGUUUGUUCAAUAUUGUGGUUAACACCACCUGCGGCAUAGAUACUAAUAAUACCACAUUGAAUAUAACACACUUACCUUCAUCCCUUCGAUGGGAAGCACCGCAAUGGUGGCAGCGGCAAUGCAGCGGUUGGCAGCCAGAGGAGCGAGACGAGCGAGACCUGUUCAUAUGGGAGAAACACUUCUACAUACAGUUCAUUUCUACAUUUGCUGGUGUGACAGCGUUCAUACUGACAAUGCACUUCGCCAUGAAAAUGAUAAAGCCUUUCAUUACGCAGAAUGAUGUCCGCUUCUCAUCUUUACUAAAAGCGUUCUCACUAGCCAAUGUGAGCAUUCUAUUAACCCUUCCGAUGCUGGUGUGGGGUUCGGAUCCCGUUGCCGAAACUAGAGCGUUUCACUAUGGAUUAGUUUUCGUGUAUAGUUUCGCUGUGCACCUUAAUACUUUUAUUGUUCUGUACGGCUGUCCAAUGAUGGUGACAGUGGUAGUGCUGGCAGCCAGCAACGGCAUGAAGUUCCUCACCACCUACCACACCACGCCGCUUAUAAGGCACCUGCUUCAAUAG